CAGGUGCCAGUUCACGCAUGUUAUGUAGGUCUACCACCUAAAGUUGUAAGUCUCUUUCAGGUAGGCAAACUGAAAAUUAUAAAAGUAUAAACUUCUCAGUAACAUCCGGAUUAAAUGGAGCUGUUCGCGGAAUUCUGUUAAGUGCGUCAAACUGUGGUUAAACACGGAAACAAAGUUGUGUUCCGUUAUGCAACAGGAAAUAUAGCCUACUGGUCAUUAGGUUUCACUUCAAAACUUCUAUCCUCUUGGCAUGAUGACCCUGGUAUUGCUGACGCUUCUGCUGAUCAUGAAUGGUUCUGCAUUGGGGCAAAUGAUGAAAUCUAAAGAGACGGUCUUUGUUGGACAGGAUGUACUUUUAUCAUUCUACUGUUCUAAUGACCCAGUAGAACUGAUAUGGUUUAUAGAUAAGAGAGUAAUGAAUAUUCAUCCGCCAGCCAUAAUCAUCAUAGAUAAGUCUUUCGUAAACAGGACGCAACUCUUCCUAAACAAGGAGAAGAGAAACUGCUCCCUGCUGCUCCUCAAUGUCUCUUCAGCAGAUGCAGGACUGUACACCUCUCAUGCCUUAGCCAAUGUUGGUGACAACGGCUGGUCAAGGCAGUCAUCAGAAGUUAAUCUAACAGAUGGUUUUGCAGUGGGACAAAUUAAAUCUAAUGUGACGGGCUUUGUUGGACAGAAUGUUCUUUUACCAUGCAACUGUUCUAAUGACCCAGAAGCACUGAUAUGGCAGAGAGAUCAGAGAAUAGUGAAUGUUCAUCCUUAUGAAAAAAUCAUAGAUGAUGCCUACGUAGACAGGACGCAACUCUUCCUAAACAAGGAGAAGAGAAACUGCUCCCUGCUGCUCAUCAAUGUCUCUUCAGAAGACACAGGACUGUACACCUCUCAUGCCUUAGUCAGGGUUGGUGACACCUGGUCAAGGACGACAUCAAAAGUUUAUCUAACAGUGUCUGAAAUGAACAUCGGCCCUGAACCAGAACGCCAUAGUAGAGACAGUUCUGUCACAGCUGUCUCUGUCAGUGUUCCCAUACUGGUAAUAGUGCUUAUACUGGCUGCUAGUCUGCUUCUAACCCUACUGAUCAGAAGACGACAUCGGACAAACAAGGACACUGAUUUACAGGUUGAGAGUCCAAUGCUAGUGGAGACCAGUGCUGUGUGAAGUUCUCUUGCUUGACAGUUUAAUGGACUAACUUCUAUGUUGUAAUGCAAGGUCCUUCACAACAACAAUGGAUAAUACGAGGCCUUAGCCCUAAACAAAUGCGCUUGCAUGUGGGCAUCCCACAGUGGUCUGUGCCGAUCCGUCUCGCUUCGAGACAGAUCAAUGUGCAGUCUUCAGUUGUAACACUGUUUGAAAUAUACCACUGAACUGUGAAUAUACCGUGAAUAUAUAUAUUCUGUAGGCAUUACAGUUUUGUAACUUAACAAGAUUCUCCUUGUAGGAACUGUCUUUAUUCAUUCUUUGAAGAACAGAUAUAAUAGUAGGGGACGUGCAGUUUAUAUUUAGCCUUUUUCCUCCCUCUUUGAGAGACAUUGGUGAUCUCAAUCCUAAACAGGCUUUUCAAAUCAGCUUAUUUUAUUGUUCAUAUGUAUACAGAAAUCAUUUACUAAGGACACAGCAUGAAAGCUUCUUUACAUUUAUUCUCGUAUGGGUUGAUUUCCUCAGCCUGUGCUGAUUUUAAUGUAUGUGGAAGAAAUAUGUGGCACUCCCUAUGGGAUAUUUUUGCUUUUUUACUGUACUAAAUGUCAUUUACUUUUAAAUGAAUUCUGUUAAGUGCUUCAAACCUGCCGAGGCAAUAAACCUUUUACAUAUA